AUGUCGUCCUCGGGACAGCGAGAGGCCGUGUUUGCGACGCGGCAGACGCUGGGCAACACGAAGCUUCGUCUGAAAGGCGCACAGAAUGGCCACUCACUCCUGAAGCGCAAGGCGGAUGCGCUUUCGAAGCGUUUCCGCACGAUCACGGGCAAGAUUCAGGACGCCAAAAAGCAGAUGGGCAAGGUACUGCAGCUCGCUGCGUUCAGCAUGGUCGAAGUGAGCUAUGCGACGGGUGAUAUUGGCUAUGCAGUACGUGAGAACGUCAAGAACGCUACGUUCAAGGUGCGCGCACGCCAGGAGAACAUUAGCGGUGUGCUGCUCCCCUCGUUCGCCGUGCAGUCCUCGGGCGAUAACAGCGAGCAGAGCAAGGAUACGGAGGAGGGCGAGUCGACGGCCGCGCCGCAAGAGUUCAGCCUCACCGGUCUGGGCCGCGGUGGCCAGCAGGUACAAAAGGCCCGCGAGACGUACGCCAAGGCGCUGCGUGUGCUCGUCGACCUCGCGAGUCUGCAGACGGCGUUUGUGAUCCUCGACGAGGUCAUCCGCCUGACGAACCGCCGUGUGAAUGCGAUUGAGCACGUCAUUAUUCCCCGGCUCGAGAACACGAUUGCUUACAUUGUCUCGGAGCUCGAUGAGAUGGACCGCGAGGAGUUCUUCCGCCUGAAAAAGGUGCAAGGCAAGAAGAAGCGCGAGGCCGCCGCCGAGGACAAGGACGAGGGCGUGCCGGAGACCGAAGAGAUCCAAGGUGCGGAAGCGUCCGUCAUCGAGAAGGCCGAGGGCGACAUGCUUAGCGCCGGCAAGGACAGCGACGUGAUCUUCUAG